CACAUCAGGCGACUGGGUCGAACUGGUCCCGUUGCAGGCAUUCAGGGAGAUGAGUUCUCGAAAACAACGUGCCGUACAUACCCUAGCACAUGGAAGUAUGUCGGACUAUCAGAGAUCUAAACGAGGAAGAGCAGCAGAAAGGGAUUACCCAGGUCUUGGGAGACCAAAUAAGUCCCGAAAUAGACAAGGCACAGCAACUCACGUGUAAACAACAGCACCUGUAACUUAAGUUCCACCUCCUUGCUUCCUGGUCCUGAAGCGUACGCGCGUCGAGUGCAAGCCAGGCGGACCCGCAUUCCCUUCUCUGCGACAGGAUGGUUAACCACGAGCAGGACUCUCUGCCAAGUGUUCUGCACGGCGACCCUUCAAGCACUGUCUUGGUCGCGACCACGCUUGCCACCCUGCUCCUAGCAGGUGGGGCGUAUAUAUGCCGCUCGGGCAGCAAACGCCUCGGGCUCUCUUCUCAGCUCUCAUCGGUGGCAGAUUCACAUGGUGCCCAGCAUCCUCUGGGGGUCGGUGGACCUGGCGACAACAAGCAGUCCAAAGUGGCGCGUUCCAAGGAACGGCGACGGCGAGGCAAAGAUCCAAUGAAGGAGAUCUUGAAGAACGGCAAGAAGUUGAAGAUGCUCACCGUUGUCUCGAGAGAACAUGAGCGCGACGAGAAUACUGCUUCCUGUCAUCUCACCCAGUUGCCGCAUGUUCCUGAAUCGCCCACCGCAUCGUCUUCUUCCAAACGCUCAGCCUCGACGUCCUCCCGCUCUGUGGCAUCGUCGACUACAUCCCACAACAUCGACGAUGACUCGCCAGCCAUAUUCGCUUCGGACGACAGAAAGCAUGAUGGACGUGGAGAACGAAUGAGCGACUCGCAGUUUGACACCGGGAAUACACCAGGCGACUUCUCGGACUGUGAGCCCUCGGGAUCGAGUGGGGCCGGUGUCUUGGCGUCCCCUGCCCAGCGUAAGACAUCAUCAAAUUCAACGAUUCAGCCGGCGUCUUCCUCGUCGGGUUGGGAAUGGGACGGGCACGGGCAUGGGCACGGCGCAUCCUCCAACUCCGCAUGCACGUUCAACCCUUCACCAGCAUCACCACCGCGUUUGGGGUCCCAGUCUGAGGAGGGACCCAUGCGCGCAUCCGUUUCGCUUCCGACAGUCGCUGGAUCCGCAACGGUAUUGCCGCCGCCACUAUUUCAUUCGUCAUCUGCACCACUUGUCGAGCCGCUUUCGGCGUUUGAGGCUAGCCGAACGCUCGGAAGUCCCCGUCACACAUCUUCGCCGCGGCGAAGUCCCACUCCGGCCGGGACGCCGCCGCCAUCACUGAACGUGCAGACUCAACUUGCAUCUAUGCGCGGUGCUCUGGAGGCCGCACGAUUGCGAGAAGAGAAGGCGAGGUCGGAGCUAGAGCGAUACUCGAAGGAUAUGGAGAUCAUGCGCUGGGAAAAUAACGCAUGGCGCCGUCGAGAAGCGGAGAUGCAAGCCCAGAUCAGCCACAUGAUGCAUCAAUUACAAGGCUACGCUGCGAUGUUUGCCGCUUCGGGACAGGCACCACACACCUCGUCAACCCCAGCUAGUCCCCCGCUGCCGGCAGCCAGUGGUUAUCCAAUGCCGUUUCCCCCGGCGAUGUAUCCCUUUUACCCGUAUCCCCAUCCGCACCAGCACCAGCCUCAGCCGGGCUCGCUUCCCAAUGCUCAGCAGCAGCAGAUAUUCUCGAUGUCCUUCCCCCGGCCUGCGUCGUCCGUGUCUGGGUCGUCCGGCGGAUCAUCCGGAUCGGGGUCUGGCUCACCGGACCUGGUUGGAUCUCCGGCAUCAUUCUCUCGCGGCCGGCGGCGAACACGCACGCAGACUGCUGAUGCGCGACUGGGCGGAGGAGAAGAAGGUGGGGUUGAUGGUGAUCAUCUUGAGACCGACGAGAUGGUCCUUGGCGAGAUGGACGAUGACGGGCACGAGGAGGAGGACAGUGGCUUCAGCGAGAUGCUGGCUGAUGCCAUACUGAAGCGGCCGGAGAGCAUCCGGAUGCCGCUGAAGAAGAGAAAAUCCAAGGAGAUACCCACGGAAUUCACGUUCCCGUCUAUUUCUGACCUUGGCUACCGCGAGCCGCCUCGGGAAGAAGUUCGGGAGGACGACCCGCGCCAAGAACGAUAGCGAGAAGAAACCCACCCACCCACACGCAAAGCAACGCAACGCAGAACUGACCAGGACGAAUCGAAGCAUGCCUUCAUGCCACUGAUGAUCUCUCCCUUCUCACUCUCAUUUCUAAUCUAAAUAUUCGUAUUACCAUUCAUAUCCUUUGUCAGCUGCAGAUACCUGGACGUAAUUACAACCAAAUGGAACGCUCGAAGUAAGUAAAGUCGACGGUCAAUCGACCACAAUGUAACUUGUCUCGAAUCUCAGUCCGUUUUCGGCGUUGGAGCGUGUGGCAGGCAGCACUAUUGAGAGCGAUGGCUAAUUCAUUGACGCGGCUAUGCUUACCAGGCACGUCGCCUUCGUCCAUUUACGGAAAAUCCUCGCCGCGGCUAUUUCUCUCCGUGUCUGGUUCACGAAGGAAGUAAAAUAAGGUGGAUCCAGACUGCAGCCGAGAGUCACGUAUUGUUAGGUAGUGUGAGAGCGCAGACGCCCCAAAUACGGAUUUCUAGUGCUGUUUUAUAACUGGGUUUUCAAUUUAGCACAUAGGACGCCGACCAAGUAGACUUUUCUAUCCCAAGUAACCGAAAUGCAGCUCGCAGAAGCACGAGUGCGCGAGCGCACACACGGACCCGAGAAUCUCGCUGCAGUCCGGGCACCGGGAGAGUGGUCGUCGGCCGGGCCAGGUCGUAGGCUGGAUCGGGGCAUAAUGUGCCGAGCGCUCGUCGCUUUUCGGUUCGCCGGCCCUUGCAGAUCUGGCUGUGGGAAGCGUGAUCAGCGGGUGCCGGAGGUCGUCUGCUUUCGUGUAGUCCGGGAUCACUGGUUCCAUAGCUGGAAGAACCCAGGGGUCGCCGAUUCGCGGGUUGACUCUCGCUGAUGGAAUGUGGAUGCGUGGAAAACGCCGAGCAGCAGUCGCUGUCGGUUAUUGACUGAAGUCCUGCGCCUCUCCUGUUGCAGUUUUUCUUUCGGUUUCUCCAUCAGACCCAUGAGCCGAGGCUUGAUGUUCUCCCAUUACUUAUGUUGAUCCCCGGUCUUGAGAAAAGCGGUAUCGUUUCGUUGCGCAUACCCCUGAACAUCGAACAAUAACUACGUAAA